GUUCGCGGAAGUUUUUAUUCUGUUGCCAAGUUGUGUGGACAGCAGGUCGAUGUUGUUUCCACUGUACAAAGUCAGAAGCUUUGAUUAUUAACUUCACAUACACGCACUGUCAAUCAGUAGAUGUUAAGACAUGGAUCUUUCCUCGGAAUCUAUAAAGAGGAUACUCGGAAAGUAUAAGUUUCGAGAUGUGGCGAUCGAAGAACUUCAGAAAGUACACCGGAUACACCCUGGGUUGGUACCACAGGCCAGCACGUACACUUUCAGUGACAGCACCCAGAAGGACCUCCUCAAACUGGUGGGGAACAUUCCAGUCCAAUAUCAAGGCCGCUCGUACAACCUGCCCAUCCUCCUGUGGCUCCUGGACUCCUUCCCUUUCACACCUCCCAUCUGCCUGCUCCGGCCCACCCCCAACAUGGUGAUCCGGGAGGGGAAGCACGUGGACGCUCGGGGGAAGAUCCACCUGCCUGCCCUGCACAACUGGGACCAUCCCAAAUCCACUGUAAGUGGCCUCUUGGCUGAAAUGAUUGCCAAAUUUGAAGAAGAUCCUCCACUCAGCUCUAAGACUUCAGAGGACAGCAAGGACCCAACAGAGCUGCUCGACUUUGUGUCAAAACUAAAGAUUGGUGAAAGUGCCAAGCCUGAUCGACCAAUCAACAAAGUCACUGUAAUAGGAGGUGGAGACCUAGGAAUGGCUACUGUGAUGAGCCUUUUGGCCAAGGGGAGCGUGGACAAGCUGGUCUUCAUUGACCUUCCUGACAGCUCAACUAAAGGAGGGACCAUGGAUUUAGAGAUUUUCCAUCUGCCCAAAGUGAAAGUUUCCAAAGAUUUGUCCACCACGGCUGGGUCGAAGGUGGUGGUGGUGACGGCGAAUGCCUGGAGCGAAGAGCAGUCUUACGUGGGCGUGGUCCAGACCAACGUGGAUCUGUACAGAGGGUUCAUUCCCACUGUGGCCCGACUCAGCCCUCAAGCAUUGCUGCUCAUUGCUUCUCAGCCAGUGGACAUCAUGACCCACGUGGCGUGGAGACAGAGCGGACUGAUGCCAUCCCGUGUGAUCGGCGCCGGGUGCAACCUGGACUCUGAGCGCCUUAAUUACAUAAUCAAUGUCGCCCUCACAGCCCAGAGCACUGGCAAGCAGGGCUGGGUCAUUGGGGAGCUCUCGGACAACAAGGUUGCCAUCAUGACUAAUACGGGCCCGGAGAUGAUGCGAGUGUCCAACUCCGCCAAACCCUUGGCUGACAGAGCCUUUGAGAUGCUGAAGGGGAAGGGGCAGCGGUCCUGGUCGGUGGGGCUGUCCAUCGCUGACAUCACCAACAGCAUCCUGCUGGACCAGAGGAAGAUCCACUCUGUCUCCACACUGGCACAGGGCUGGGGGGGCAUCGGUGUGGAGGUGUUCCUCAGUCUGCCCUGUGCCCUGGGGGCCACGGGUUCAGCGCGGCUGGCCAGCGUGUCUCUGGGUACGGAGGAGGACUCUAAACUGCGGGAGAGCGUCACGUCCCUCACCAGCUUCCUGUCGCAGCUCCGCGUGUAACCAGGAUCCCAGCCUGCCCUCAUCCCGCACACAAUAUCCCAACCUGCCUUAACACACUCUCCAGCUCAUAGAGGGAUCACCCAGCAGCAGCUGAUCCCAUUCUCCGUUCCAGUGCAUCUGUAGCAAGCGUUCGCAAGCCUGGCCUCAGAGAGCCACAGGGUGCAGUGGAUUCUCUCCUUACACACCACUUAAUUGAGGAUUUAAAGCAGUUUGUUAAAGUUAACUCGCCUCACCUGACUUCUUGGAUUUCAUUUAGUUGCACGGUCGUUAUUGGACACGGUUAAGGAAUCAGCUGCCGAUGGGUGAUCUAAUUGAACUUUGCAAGCUUCACAAAUCAUGAGAAAAGAGGUUCGGGACCCUUACCAAAUAAAAGGUGAUCUCUGCAGACACUAUCCAAUGGGAUUACUACAGAAGGGGCUGAUGUGAACAGCCUGUUCCAGUGACCGUCAACCAGUGUAUAUAGAAAUGGAGCCUUCUGGCUUUGACGCUUUCCUUGCUGACAUUAACAUUGAUUGUCUGCAACACAUAUUUAAAACAGAAUGCUACGUUCUAUGAGCAGAUUAUACUUACGGAAUGUGUUUGGUGGCAGAGCAUCGAAAAAUCACAUUCAGAAGGGGUGUUUGCAGUUUAAAUGUUACUUUGUCCAACUGAAAAAAAAUCCUUUUCCAAUGUCAGGUAUUGCAAAAAGGAAAAUUAUUUUUCAAGUGGAUGAAAACUGAGUAAUUAGUACGGAUGUCUCGUACAACCAUUUCCUAUCAAAUGGACAUUUUAAAAAUGAGCACACUAAAAUAUAUGCAAUUGAAAUGUUGGAUGCUUCUUGGUACUGUUCAGAACAAAUGCCUGUUUACACAUUUAGCCAAACUAUGCAGUUGUACAACAGGGAAAUGUCUAACACCAACACUAACUAACCAACACUUCUCACUGAGGUACAGAUGUUGUGCAGACUGGGCUAGAAUGCCAAUUCUCCAUAUUAGUCCAGACGGCAAUCCUCCAAACGAUUGGUUGUGUGCUUUACUGUGAUGAUCAGGGUACACCAUUUGCUUUAUUGAACAUAUUGCAAUAUUUAUAUAUGUAUUCUAUAUGUAAGCUUUACUGCACUGCUGAUAAGGGUUUGAGCCAGUUCCAUUCACAUUCAAGAGGGAAUGAAUGAAAAUUAAUUUACUUUGUUGAAAAAUGUUAAUCACAUAAUCUCUUAUGGGGAGUUGAAUUGUCAAUGAAUUGUAAUGGGAUGGACACAAACUCUAAAUUGGCACAAUGUGCAAACCUUGAAGUUGCAAGUCCCUAAAAGGAUUUGCUUAAUGCUUGAAAAUUCAUUUGAAGUGUGGCGUAGUGAUGCAAGGGGGUGGAAUAUGUUUUGUUUAUUUCUGCACUGCUGUUUUACUCUUUCUGCACACCGGAAGAAACUUUUUAAUUUUGCUGAAGAUAAUAAUUUGAUCAAUGCACACUAAUGCACCAUGUAUUCUUGUAAUUUUGGGCUGUAUAUCUUUAUUUAAUGGAAUCUAAUUCAUGUUAUUUAUUUUGUGGAAAGAAAUAAAUGAUUAAACCUCACCUGUGAACAGGA